CUCCCAGCCAUGGAAACCCCUGGGGAGCCGGGAGCUGGACCUCUCGGAGCCCCCAGCCUGUCCACCUUCGCACCUGGGCGCCCGGAGAGAGGAAAGCCAGCCGAGGACCCGCCGUACGACGUGCCCGGGGCCAGCGGGCGGCAGGCGGGCGGGCCCCAGCGGCCUGGGCGCACCGUGAGCCUGCGGGAGCGCUUGCUGCUCACGCGGCCCGUGUGGCUGCAGCUGCGGGCCAACGCCGCGGCCGCACUGCACGUGCUGAGGACUGAGCCCCCGGGGACGUUCCUGGUGCGGAAAUCUAACACUCGCGGGUGCCAAGCCCUGUGCGUGCGGCUGCCCGAGGCCAGUGGCCCCUCCUUUGUCUCUAGCCACUACAUCCAGGAGAGCCCUGGGGGUGUCUCCUUGGAGGGCUCAGAGCUCAUGUUCCCAGACCUGAUCCAGCUCAUCUGCGCCUACUGCCAUACCCGGGACAUCCUUCUCCUCCCACUCCAGCUCCCCAGAGCCAUCUGCCAGGCAGCCACCCACAAGGAACUCGAAGCCAUCUCCCAUCUGGGCAUUGAGUUCUGGAGCUCCUCCCUCAACACCAAGGCUCAGCUGGGCCCAUCUGAAGGCCAACUGCUGCCCCGGCUGAAGCCCCGGUCCCCGCAAGAGCUGGACCAGGGCACAGGAGCCGCCCUGUGCUUCUUCAAUCCCCUGUUCCCGGGGGACCUGGGCCCCACCAAGCGGGAGAAAUUCAAGAGGAGCUUCAAAGUGCGUGUGUCCACGGAGACCUCCAGUCCUCUGUCACCACCUGCCGUGCCACCUCCCCCAGUCCCCGUGCUGCCAGCUGCAGCCCCCAACCAGACAGAAAGCUUACCCCCUCGCCAGCUUCUGCGAAGGGAGAGCUCAGUGGGGUACCGUGUGCCAGGGGGUGCCAGGCCCAGCCUCCCCCCGCUGCCCUCCCUCCAGGAGGUAGACUGCGGCUCCCCCAGCAGCUCGGAAGAGGAGGGGGUGCCGGGGUCCCGGGGAAGCCCAGCGACCUCCCCCUGCCUGGGCCGCCGGCGGCCCCUGCUUCGGUCCAUGAGCGCUGCCUUCUGCUCCCUGCUGGCGCCCGAGCGGAAGGUGGGCCGGGCCGCCGCGGCGCUGACACAGGACCGACACACAGCUGUGGGCCAGCUGGUGCAGGACCUACUGACCCAGGUGCGGGCUGGCCCUGAGCCCCGGGAGCUGCAGGGGGUCCGAGAGGCGCUGAGCCGGGCCCGGGCCAUGCUGAGUGCGGAGCUGGGCCCAGAGAAGCUGCUGCCGCCCGAGAGACUGGAACACAUCUUGGAGAAGUCGCUGCAUCGCUCCGUGCUCAAGCCUCUCCGGCCCAUCCUGGCGGCCCGCCUGCGGCGCCGGCUUUCCGCCAAUGGCUCCCUGGGCCGCCUGGCUGAAGGCCUCCGCCUGGCCCGGGCCCAGGGCCCUGGAGCCUUCGGGUCCCAAGUGAGCCUGCCCUCCCCGGUGGAGAUGGAGCAGGUGCGCCAGAAGCUGCUGCAGCUGCUCAGGGCCUACUCUCCCAGCGCCCAGGUCAAGCGGCUCCUGCAGGCUUGCAAGCUGCUCUACACAGCCCUGAGGACCCACGCGGGGGAGGGCGCAGGGGCAGAUGAGUUCCUCCCACUGCUAAGCCUUGUCCUGGCCCAGUGCGACCUUCCCGAGCUGCUGCUGGAGGCUGAGUACAUGUCGGAGCUGCUGGAGCCCAGCCUGCUCACGGGAGAGGGCGGUUACUACCUGACCAGCCUCUCGGCCAGUCUGGCCCUGCUGAGUGGCCUGGACCAGGCCCACACCCUCCCCCUGAGCCCCUCACAGGAACUACAGCGCUCCCUCAGCCUCUGGGAGCAGCGCCGCCUGCCCGCCACCCACAGCUCCCAGCACCUCCUCCGAGUAGCCUACCAGGACCCCAGCAGUGGCUGCACCUCCAAGACCCUGGCUGUGCCUCCAGGGGCCUCGAUUGCCACCCUGAACCAGCUCUGUGCCACCAAAUUCCGAGUGACCCAGACUGACACAUUUGGCCUCUUCCUGUACAAGGAGCAGGGCUACCACCGCCUGCCCCUUGGAGCCCUGGUCCACAGGCUCCCUGCAACUGGCUACCUUGUCUAUCGCAGGGCGGAGCGGCCUGAGACCCAGGGGGCCUCACCUGUGGCCUCACCAGAGGACAGCAGCGGGGAGCUAGAGGCAGGGGGCAGGGAGGAGGAGAAGGGGCGUGGGGGAGAUGGGGACAUCGAGGUCAAAGCUGGUCCUGGGGACAGUAGGGGAGAGUCUGAGACCAUUGCGGAGAGGGCCCAGGGGGCCCCCGCUCAGCCAGGGGGGCCAGAGGCUGAGGGAAGCCGGGCAGCAGAGGAGUAGCAGGAAGUGGUCAGAAGGGUCAUUUGGGACAGAAAACUCUGAGCCUGCUGGGAAGGCCUUUCAGAGCUGUCAGCCCCACCCCUCGCAGGCUUCCCCACCCCAGGCCACUCCUGCGUCUGCCAUCACCUCCGUCUGACACUUAGCUCUUGUGAUCACACCUGCUGGGGUGGUGCCUGGCCUGGCUGCAUCUGGAACACUGGAAUCAAGUGGAGGGGGUUUGAGGGACCCC